CCCUCGCCUUACGAAAUGGGCGCCGAAAUUAGCCAGAUCGUCAAGUCAGACCUUGAGGGCUCGACUUUGGAGGAACUGCUAUCUAAGGAAGAGUUUGUUCAGGUAAUCCGGGAAGCUGUACCAGUGCUUGAUCCGAAAAUGUGCAAAACUUUGCGCAAAAUUCUGCCCAAAGGUCCCCCCAAACAGCGCUCGAAACGGAACAAACAACCAAGAUCUACGAUCAAAGAGAGCACUUCAUCUCAGGACACUGUCAUAGGAGCAUCGGCGCGAGAAGAUGAUCUACAAGAGGCCAGCGACGCAUUUACUAAAGAUGCUUCGUCCGGCGUCACCACAGUCUUAUCGACUACAUUGUUGGGUGCUGCCAAGGUCAUGUCAAACACGUUGUUGGGCGUUGACACAGCCUUAUCAACCACGUCUGACGUAGUCUCACCGACCAUUUCAUCCUUGCCGGGUGAGGAAGCCCCACCAGUUGCCGCCUCCAGGGACAAUGAAAGAACUCAGUCCUUAUGGGAUGUCAAAGAAGACGAGGUUUCCCUACCUUCAGAGAUUGCCGACUCAUUUGAGAGCUGGAAAGCGGAUCCUUCAGUGUUCUUUCGCGGUGACAGUUCGCAAGCUCCAAUGUCCCUUACGGAGCACUACGAUUACGCACUUUCUGUGCGUAGUUCUGCUAUUUCCAACAAGAUUCUAUGGAGAUUCAUCACGACAGCAUACUAUGACGCUAUCUCCGAGCGAUCUCACUCAAGUAGAUAUUCCAUCACUAAACAGGCGGUUGCGUUUGCGGCUGCUGCUAUCUGCCAGUCAUCUUCUUAUACACGGGAAGUAGUCGAGGCGAAUCUCAUUAGUUGGGCGAGAGAUGGAGCGAGGAACCGAGCUCUCGCUGAUAAGUUAGGAAGUACUGGCUGCUACUUCUACUAUCCACAAUCUCUUAGUGAAUGGAUUUGGGUAAAGCACCUUCCUCUGAGUGCAUACGACAAAGCCGCCAAACUGCUUAAGAAGUUCGGCAUAUUGGAGAAGGCCCAGGAAUCAGGCGCGGUCGAACUUGCAAGGGGUAUUGAGACGAUUCUAAAGAGGCCUUUCCAGUCUACUAUUCCAGUACAGUCACAAGGGGAAUGGAUUCUGCCAAUUUCGCCACAGCAAACGACUACCAUUGUGGGAGGUGCAGCACCCCGUGAACACGCAUCAAGACUUCAGAAGAGAGAAUCGGAAACGGAGGCGUCCCCGAGAAAGCGCCAGAGGUCAGAGACGAGUACUUCGCAGAAUCCAUACCUUCCCCCGCCUCAGAUACGCCAAGACCUCGUCUCCGGAGAUGAACAAGCCACAGACACUUGCUCCCCAGCCUACGACAGCUUCGCUUCACCAUCUAAUACAACACGUAGUCAGAGCAUCGAUUCGAGCACAUCAGCAACAACGGACAGCCAAAGUCCGGUGGAUCAUAUCAACUAUGAGCAAAUCGAUCAGCCUGCGGUGAGCGCACAAGAUUCACCCUAUUCGCACUACAUCCACUCACUGCUAUCGCUAAUUUGCGCAGUAGGAGCUAUCCCAAAAAUCAUGCUCCAGCGCGCACUAUGUCCCCAGAAGAGAUGGGAUGAGUAUGGUGUAGAAUACCAGAUUAAUCCUCGCAACGCCCAUCUUGAACCCCAUCUCAGGCUUCUUUUCUUGGAUUCCGAUGGACUGUGGCAGGUUCUUCAGCAUCUAGUAUCGAUUACAGCUGUUAAUGUGGAGAUAACUAACGACAUGGAGGAGGUUUACUUCUGUAGCUCGACAUACGCUGAGUAUUUGAACAGCCAAAAAAGAAGUUAUUGGGUCAAAGAAGCUCUUUGGUUGUUCUGCUAUGUGUUUCCCCGCAAUCCAACAACUCUGUCGGCUUCAGAAAGAGAAAGGCUAUGGGCGGUGCUGGAGGUUUUGCUCAGCCUUUGUGCUGAAGUCGAUUUAGAGAUUCCAGCGAACGACGAAGUCGUCGAGACAUUUUUGGCAGUAGCAAAAGUUGGACCAUUGCCAAGACGACGUAGAAUUCUCUCCGUGGUCGAUCCGUUACUGAAAAAAACAAGGAAAGCAGAUUUGCUGGCCGAAGGUGUCCACCAAAGGAGUGUGGUUCUACGUCUCAGAGGAGAUAUCGCCAGCUCAAAUGAGCUCCUCAAGGAAUUCUUAGACCGUGCAGACAUAACCGCACAACUGAAAUCGCACUCCAUUCUCGGAUUACUGCAUCUAUCUCAAGCGGCAAAUGAUACCUACAACCUAGACUUCUCGUCAGCCAGCAAACGAGCAAAGAUGUGGAUUCCUUCAAAUAUCGAUGUCACAGAAAAGCAGCUUGAUGUAGUAUGGAACCAGAUCCAUUGCGCUGGUCGAAUACUAAGAGGACAAGGCCAAUUUGAAACUGCAUCUGUUUUUUUCGAACGCUGCCUCCAUAUGGAACCUCUUCGCAAAUCGAAGCGACAUUUAGCUAUGUCUCACCUUGCGGAUACCUACGUUGAGGUAGAUUAUCUACGCCGACAGAAUAGCAUUUCACCCUAUGCAGGAGAGCUGCUCAGCAAAGCUCAAAGAUUGAUCAAAACGGAAAUCGAGGAAAACCGCUUUGACGAAGCCCAUCGACUACUUAUGGAACUUUGUGACAUUUAUGGGGAACUAGUUGAUCCAGACAUCAUCGAUCGGCAUGGUCAUCUUCGAGCAUUCAUCUCAUUAGCACGGAUUUCAUCUCCGCCCGAUGCAGAAAGCAGCUGGACUACCGCUUUGAAUCUUGGUAGAAAGUACUAUCCACUUGAAGAAGAGGUCUUUGUCGUUGCAUUAAUGCAUCUUUUCAUUUGUACUGCACGCGUUGUAGGAGGGGAUAUGGAAGGGGGAAAAGCUGCGUUCGAUUAUGCAGCGGAAAUAUGCCACAGCAAAUCUCCGCAGUUCGUGAUGCCAGGGCUUGGUACGUACUUAUUUGACGAUGUGCAAUGUCAGAUACAGUCACUUGUUGGGUGGGAAUUACCUCCUUGUAAUUAA